AUUUCGUUGAUUACUACUCAGCUCCUUCGAAAUGAGCGUUAAAAUGGGUGCAAACGUGUGUCCCGUGACCGAAGAAAGGUCGGGCAAUGUGCGCGAAGUCGGUAGCCAGGCCGUGUGGAGCUUGUCGUCCUGUAAACCUGGCUUUGGAGUAGAUCAGCUGCGCGACAAUUCGAUGGAAACGUACUGGCAGUCGGAUGGGCAGCUGCCGCACCUAGUGAACAUUCAGUUUCACCGCAAGACGACCGUGAGCCAGAUCUACCUCUACUCCGACUACAAGCUGGACGAAAGCUACACACCGAGCCGGAUAUCGAUCCGGUGCGGCACCCACUUUAACGAUCUACAGGAAAUCGAAGUGGUCGAUCUGUGUGAACCGUGCGGCUGGGUGUGCAUUCCGAUCAAGGAGAUGCAGGACAUUCCGAUAUGUACGUUCAUGAUACAGAUUGCCGUGAUAAGCAAUCAUCAGAAUGGUCGCGACACUCACAUGCGACAGAUCCGGAUUCAUUCACCCACCGAAGGCACCCACUACCCGUUGGAACAGUACGGGCCGUUUAGUACGAUUGAAUUUCAACAGUUUCGCACGAUACGAUAGGGAAGCCAGGCACACCGACGCUAUCGACAUUUGUACAAACGGAGAAGAAGUCGAAUUUAUUUCACAAAUACAAAACAUACAGUCAACAGCUCCAAAAAAGCACGCACGUUAUUCGGCCGGUGCUUGCCGGUGGAAGAGAUUGGCGGGUUCUCUUAAGCACUGUGCCGCUGCUUGCCUGUUAAACAGUGUGUGCGGCGGGCCUGCCACGGUUUCCGCAGGCUUUACUCUGCCGCUUCAAUCAAACCACGCAGCAUCGUUUCCAACUUUCGACCAUCGGCAGCAAACUUGCGAAUACCGUCCGCAAGCUUAUCACUCGACAUCUGGUCCUCGUUCAGCAUCCAGCGGAACGUGGCCUCGUCCAUCUGAAUCUUUGCCAGCUUCGAAGCUUUUGCCGCAUCCGCAUCCAGAUACCGCUUGACCGGUUCCGUGCUCUUCUCCAGGUCUCCGAGCAGUUUCGGGCUGAUCGUGAGCAAAUCGCACCCGGCCAGAGCCAUAAUUUCGCCCACGUUACGGAACGAAGCGCCCAUCACGACGGUUUUGUAACCAAACUU